AGAAGAAGAGGGAAGAAGAAGAAGAAGAAGAGCCAAAGGAGAUCGGCGUGAGAGAGUGAGACUGAGAGAAGAAGAGAGAUCGAGAGAGAGAGAGAGGAAACUGAUUUUGGGUUCAAGGGAUGCUCUCAAAACGCAGCGUUUCAGGUUAGGAUUUUUACUCUUUUUUUUUUCCCUCCCUUGCCGCGUGCAGCCGUGUCCCGGCAGUGUCCGAUUUUUGAAAAAAGGGAAGGACAUGCGUGCAGCUGUGUCCCGUACGCAUAAGACACGGGCACGGCAGGCAAAUUGCCGUGUCAGUUGUGAAACAGAACCAAGAAUUCCUCAAAAACAGAACCAACUGAUCAAAAAUGUGACACCCACAAGGCCACAAUUUUUUUUCCCUGCAUAGGAAUUAAUCAAUUCCGUUAUAAGUCAUAGCCUUAAAAGACAAUAUCAAACAUGGCUGCUCUAGUUUCUUUAGCUAGUGAGACCCAUUUCGUUCAAAGUGUAUGUGCAAUUAUAGUAAAGGGUCAAUGGCACAACCUCUUGAAAGCCAAGAUUGGUUCCACUCUUACCUCAACAACCAUUCACCAGGUACUCCUGCAACCCUCACUUUAUAAUAACAAUCAUGGUCCCCCACUUUCUUGGGCAUUUUUCAAGUGGGUCGAAUCGGUUCCUAACUAUAAUCACUCGCUGCAAUGUUCAUGGACAAUGGUUCACAUCCUCACUAAGCACAAGCACUUCAAAACUGCACAAGGCUUGCUUGAGAAAAUUGCACGCAAGGAUUUUCUAUCGUCACCCUUAGUUUUGAAUGCUUUGGUGAGGAGUUAUGAUGACCCGGAUUUGAAUUCUCAUGUUUUAAGCUGGCUUGUGAUAUAUUAUGGUAAUUCAAGGAUGACCCAGGAUGCAAUUCAAGUGUUUGAGCACAUGAGGGUGCAUAGCUUCAAGCCUCAUUUGCAUGCUUGUACUGUGCUUUUGAAUUGUUUAAUAAAGGAUAGGUUGACUGAUAUGGUAUGGAAAGUAUAUAAGAAGAUGGUGCGGAUAGGGGUUGUUCCGAAUUUACACAUUUAUAAUGUUUUAAUUCAUGCCUGUUGCAAGUCUGGUGAUUUGGAGAAGGCAGAAGAGCUGUUGAGUGAGAUGGAAUUGAAAUGUGUUUUUCCUGAUCUUGUUACAUAUAAUACAUUGAUCUCAUUAUACUGCAAGAGGAGUAUGCACUAUGAGGCUUUGGGUGUACAAGAUAGAAUGGAAAGAGGAGGAAUAAGUCCUGAUAUUGUGACUUUUAAUUCCCUUAUUUAUGGAUUUUGUAGAGAAGGUAGAAUGAGAGAGGCUGUAAAGCUCUUCCAGGAAAUUAAAGGUGCUACUCCCAAUCAUGUGACAUACACUACUUUGAUUGAUGGAUAUUGCAGAGUAAAUGACCUUGAAGAAGCAUUAAGAUUGCGCAAGGUGAUGGAGGCUAAGGGCUUGUACCCUGAAGUUGUUACUUAUAAUUCAAUUCUACGCAAGUUGUGUGAAGAAGGCCGGAUAAGGGAUGCAAAUAUGCUCUUGAAUGAGAUGAGUGAGAGGAAAGUUGUACCUGGCAAUGUGACAUGUAACACGUUGAUUAAUGCUUACUGCAAGAUAGGAGAUAUGAGGUCUGCAUUAAAAGUGAAGAACAAACUGUUGGAGGCUGGAUUGAAGCUGGACCAGUUUACAUACAAAGCUCUGAUUCAUGGAUUCUGCAAAGUCCAAGAGAUGGACAGUGCUAAAGAGCAUUUGUUUAGCAUGCUUCAUUCAGAAUUUUCUCCAAGUUACUGCACUUACUCAUGGAUUAUAGAUGCUUUAUGCAACCAAGACAAUGAAGAUGCAGUUCUAAGACUCCCGGAUGAGCUAGUGCAGAGAGGCCUUUGUGUUGAUGUCUCAGUGUAUAGGGCACUGAUAAGAAGGCUAUGUAAGAGGGAAAGAUUGGACUCUGCUGAAAAAAUAUUCAGUAUUAUGCAAGGGAAGGGCAUAUCAGGAGACAGCAUUGUAUACACUACUCUGGCAUAUGCUUACUUGAAAGCAGGGAAGGCAACUGUUGCUUCAAAGAUGUUAGAUGAAAUGGCUAUAAGGAGGUUGAAGAUAACACUUAAACUCUAUAAAUCGUUCAGUGCUUCUUAUCUUGGUGACAGCAACAUCUUACGUCUUUUUUGGGAUCAUGUGGUUGAGAGGGGCUUAAUGUCCAAAAAUAUUAUUAAGAAAAUGGAGCAGAUGAAUGUUCCCUUGUAAAGGAAGCUUGGAGAUGCAUCUGAAGUUUGAAACUAAAAUUCUGGUCAUGCUAGUAUGUCAUGGCAACACGAAUCCUUCAUGAUUCUAGCCUGUUGUAACUUUUGUUGAUUAGACACCAUAAUAACUGGUCCCAGCUAGCGUUUUUCAGCCAAAUAUCUUAUUGUGGAGAACCUGAUAUGCUGGAAGUGUAUCAUUUUAAGGAGUGCAAUGCGCUCACUCCAAUCAUGUCUAUGCAUCCUCAUCACUUAAAGAUGGAAUUUUGCAUACGGAAGUGGAAAGGGACAACAACAAACAUGCAUGAAAGAAGAAAAGUGAAAUGAUAUUGACAUUAGCAAAGCUGUUUGGAGCUAUAUUGAAGCUGAACGUGGUUUUUACCUGCUAAUGUUGUAGUUUGUCAUCUCUCUCCAGGGAAUGAGGGCUACUCAAAAGGGUGAAAUGUAUGAAUUUCAGAGCACAUGAUUUUGUGUUUAAUUGCUCACAAUCUAGUGGCAACAUAUAGUUCUCAAUUCUCAGUAAUCACAGUUCAUAAAUGAGCAAAGUAAAAGUUUUUUCUUGUAGUUAGUUCCAAGAAAGCUAGGAUAGAGAGAAAGAAGGAUCACAAUUCAUCCGAGGAGCACAAGAAGCACAGGGAAAGGGACAAAAAGCUGAUUCCAAUGAUUUUUAUCCAAAUCUCUUCUGGGGAUGAGGACUACUGAAAAAAUGGAUUACGGAAUACCACCAAAGUAGACCAGGGUUGAAGGUUCUGCCGCAAAAAAAUGAUGACUUGACCACUGCUCUUGAGGCACAGCUAGAACAGGAAUGGAAAGAAAGAGAAGGCCGAUCCGCUAAAGGGGAUUGGACGGUUGUUGUACAUCACGAGGAAG